AUGACUAAACAGCUUCGUCAUCAUUGGGCUUUAAUUCUUCUUGUUGUUCUUCAAAGUUUAUACUGUUACGCAUCACCUACUGCAUACUUUGGUUUCGGUCAUCAUCAUCGGCCAUCAUUUUCAUUAGUCAAAACCAAUGAAGAGUCAGGAAUAGUCGAACCGUUGGCUUCAAAAACAAAUUUCUUAUGUGCACUUUAUGGCAUUUGCAACGACGAAGAUUAUCCAGAGUUCAUUCGCGACGAUGACUCAAAGCAGAAACGUCUAUCACCUAAUUUAUUUCACGGUAUUCCAAAAUUUGGCAAACGUAUAUUUACAUCAGCAUUUUCUGGCAUACCCAAAUUUGGUUAA